AUGGCUGUCCCGGUAGCUAGACGAACAAUUGGCCAGUUAUUGAAGCAAGGGUGGGCCGAGAUUCCUGAAGUUAUAGCUAGUACUGGUCUCGCUAUUGUUGGGUGCGCAUUGGGUGGAAUUGCAUGUUAUAAUUACUAUAAAAACGAUGGUGACAACCGAAGGUACAAGAAAACUUACGUUAUAAUGAGGCCCGAUGACCCUAGAGUGUCUAAAAUUAGAAAGGAU